AGACGAAUGAAAUGAGAAGUUUCCUAAAAAAAUCAGUAAUACGCAGAAUAAUAUUAGAAAUAUUAACUAGGAAGUCAAAUUGGCUGUUAAUGUAAGAACGAAGUGACAAAUAUAUUAUGUUAGUCAAAGAUGUUAGGUCACUCCGCGUAAUCUUUAUUUUCCAUUCUCAACAGUCAAACACCGGGAAAGUCAUUAUAGGCCCACACACAUCCAGGGAUUGAAGAUACGUGUAAACAUCUGCUCUCAAAAUAUCUCUGAUACUACAGUAUGUGGUGAGUGAUCCAGCACUAUGUCCCAGCAUGCAUUGCUGUCGGCAGGGACCAAGUCAUGGCGCUCCCUGGCCUGCUCACGAUCAGAGCUCCGUUUGGACCUCACACUAGGCUGCGGACAGAGCUUCCGCUGGCGAGAGACAGGGGAUGGCCACUGGACCGGAGUGAUGGGGGGACGAGUGUGGACUCUCACCCAGACAGACGACACACUAUGGUACCACACAUACAAUAGCCCCAACACCAUAGGAGGGGAUGGGAGGAAGCGGAGUGCAGGUUCCCUGCUCCAGGGGUCAAAGGGGUCAGGGAAAAGAUCAAAGGGAGUGAUAGAGGUGAAGGAGGAAGAAGAGGGGGAGCCAGUGGCUGUGACCCCUGACCCAGACAGGAAGGAGGAAGAGCUUCUGAAUGAUUAUUUCCAGCUGAAGGUGAAGCUGGGGGAUCUGUACAGAGAUUGGGGAGCAGCCGACCCACACUUUAACAGCAUUGCUAAGAUCUUCACAGGUGUGCGUAUGCUGCGUCAGGACCCCACAGAGUGCCUGUUCUCCUUCAUCUGCACCUCUAACAACCACAUCUCUCGUAUCCAGGGCAUGGUGGAGAGGCUGUGCCAGUCCUUGGGCACCCCUCUGUGUCAGCUGGACCAGACCAGCUACCACGACUUCCCCUCCCUGCAUGCACUCGCAGACAACAGUGUGGAGGCUUGUCUGAGGGACCUGGGGUUUGGGUACAGGGCCAGGUUCCUGCAGCAGAGUGCCAGACAGAUCMUGGACUCUCACGGUGGGCCCCAUUGGCUCCAGGGGCUCCGCAGUGUCCCCUACCUGCAGGCACGUGACGCACUGCGCACCCUGCCCGGGGUAGGCCCCAAGGUGGCAGACUGUGUGUGUCUGAUGUCUCUGGAAAAGGCCUGUGUUGUGCCUGUGGAUACACACGUGUGGCAAAUCGCAAAACGAGACUACAGUUGUGCGGCGGGCAACGGGCAGAAGAGCCUCACAGACAAGGUCCACCGUCAAAUAGGGGACUUCUUCAAGCAGCUAUGGGGUCCUUAUGCUGGUUGGGCACACUCGGUGUUGUUCUGUUCUGACCUGAAGAAGUUCCAGAAGCUGAAAGAAACACACUCUCUGAAACAGGAGGAGGAGAAGGUCAAGAUAAAGGUGGAGGGAGAGGGAAUAAACAAGAACAUUCAAAAAAUGUGUAAUAGAAAGGUGAAAAUGUCUGUGAAGGAGGAGGUGGAGUGAGGUCAGUAGAGGUUAUGUGUUGGUGAUUUAUGUUAGCUCAGGAAGCUAACCUGAAUGUAUGUCAUUCUUUGCACACCUCUCUGGAGCAACUAGGCUAUGAGUCUGACAGUCUUACCUUUUCUCUUCAGGUUCAUGACAUGAUUAACUGCAAACCAAGGUCACUGUCAGUGGAGAUUGUUCCUGAUCACUUUGUAGAAUGAUGUAAGACAGAGCUAUAAAUGUGAUACAYGUUAUAAAAGAGAGAGUUCACUCUGAACCAGACUUCUCACAUUAUCUGUCAUACAUUUGUGUUCAGCUCUAAACUGAAGGCUGGUGUUUAAUUUUACUGCGAUUUCUGUCUGUGAAUGAAGCUCUAUAGGUAUGUGUCAUUUUCCACUGCCGUCUCUACAUAUGAACUACACACAUAGAAACCGUGUGUUUAUCAUAUCUUUUCUAGAUUAAUGGACCACUACACAGACUCUGUAACAGUUCAUUUUUAUACUGAAAUAAACAGGUUUUGGACUAUU